UUUACAAACUUUUUAUUCAAACUAUUAGAUCUAAUCAAAGUUUCAUCAAGUAAAAUACUUUAGUUAUUUAAUUAUUUUAAAAUGGAAAGAAACGACGAAGACUGGGUAGUUGAGUGUUCCGACGAUGAAAAGUACGAGGUCGAUCCCAAGAACGGCUGGAUGCCAAAGCCUGAAGACAUAGUGUCCCUCAUAGAAAGUUUAGAAAGAAAUAACAGAGUUUUGGAGCUUGAGUGGAGAUGUCCAGGAAGGCGUGAACCGUCUCCUGUUACUGUAAACAAUCACCAGCAAGAUCUUUUAAAUGAUUACAAACCCAAAGAAAAUAAUUCAGAUUUCGAAUUCAUGGAUGAGAUGUCUUCUCCAAGACUACCAGUCAGGAGAGCUGGUGAAGCUACACCAAAGGGCAGUGCAAAGAAAAAAACUGCCAGUUUUAACAAAGUUUUAAACACAAUGCUGCGCCAGCGCAGACUCGAACAGCAAGAAAGUUUAAGUCCCAAAAAGCCUGAGCCAAGUUCACCAGGGAUGAAAUCAUAAGACUAACAGUCUUCAAAAGUGCAGUGAAGAGACAUGGCUUGGCCAUUGAACUGAGUGAUGUAAAAACUGAGCUGAUUCG